UGGUCGGAGAUAUGGGACCUCCGCAGAGAACAUUUCCUCACUCAUAUCUACCUGAUCCAGAUGGAAUCUUGAUGGAAGUGAACUAACCCUCUCAUAUCUAUUGAUGAUGUUUUUCUAUUUUUCCAGGACACGCCAUGGAGAAACCCUCGAAGGAUCGUCUCACUUUAUCUCCAGGUUGUAAAAUGGAAGAUGAGGACAUCACAGGAGAUUGUGGAGGAGAAAAGACAAUGAGCUCCACUAUGGAUAGACCAUGGAGUCCCUCUGACUCUGAGCAACCUCAUACUGUCAGGGAUGGGGCCGGAAUACAGGGGGAGGAGGCAUUUCCCUGUACUGAAUGUGGGGAAAAUUUUAGCUCUGGUUUAGGUCUUUUUAUACAUCAGGGAACUCACAGGGAGGGGGAACUUCAUUCCUGUUCUGAGUGCGGGAAAUGUUUUCUAUAUAAAGCACAAUUGGUCAGACACCAGAGGUCUCACACUGGUGAGAAGCCGUAUUCCUGCCCCGAGUGUGGGAAAUGUUUUCCAUGGAAAUCAGAAGUUGCCAGACAUCAAAAAUCUCACACUGGAGAGAAGCCAUAUCCCUGCCCUGAGUGUGAGAAAUGCUUUAUUCGUCAAUCAGAUCUUACUGUACAUAUGAGAUCUCACACAGGGGAGAAGCCAUUUUUCUGUCUCGAGUGUGGAAAACAGUUUACACAGAAUUCCCAUCUUUUAAGACAUCAGAAAUCGCACACGGGCCAGAAGCCAUAUCCCUGUCCUGAGUGUGAAGAAUGUUUUUCACGAAAGUCCCAUCUUGCUGCACAUCAGAUAUGUCACACGGGGGAAAAAACAUUUUCCUGUCCUGAGUGCGGGAACUGUUAUUCCCAGAAAUUAGAACUUGUUAAACAUCAGAGAUCUCACGCAGACGAGAAGCCAUUUUCCUGCCAUGAGUGCAGGAAAUGUUUUCCAUCGAAAUCGGAUCUCGUUAGACAUCAAAGAUCUCACACGGGUGAGAAGCCACAUUCCUGCACUGAGUGCGCAAAAUCUUUUUCAGAUAAGACCAGUCUUCUCAGACAUGAGAGGUCACAUACAGGUGAGAAGUUAUAUUCCUGUCCUGUGUGUGGGAAAAGUUUUUCACAGAAGGCCCAUCUUUUAAGACAUCAUAGAUUACACACGGGCCAAAAGCCAUUUCCCUGCCCUGAAUGUGGAAAACGUUUUUCGCAAAAGUACCAUCUUACUGUGCAUCAGGCAUGUCACACGGGGGAAAAGCCAUUUUCCUGUCCCGAGUGCGGGAAAUGUUAUCCAGCAAAAUCAGAUCUUGUUAGACAUCGUAGAUCUCACACGGGAGAGAGGCCGUUUUCCUGUACUGAGUGUGGGAAAUGUUUUCUAUCGAGAUCAGAUUUGGUUAGACAUCAAAGAUCUCACACAGGGGAGAAGCCGUUUCCAUGCCCUGAGUGUCCGAAAUGUUUUCUAUCGAAAUCGGAUCUUGUUAGACAUCAAAGAUGUCACACGGGAGAGAAGCCUUUUUGCUGCCCUGAGUGCGGAAAAUGUUUUUCACAGAAGUCUUAUCUUAACGUACAUCAGAGAACCCACACAACCCUUGAGGUGAAUUAGCGUCCUGAGUGUGGGAAAUGUCUUUUAUAUGGAUAGUUUUUUUGCCGUACAUCAGAGAUCUCACACUGGGAAGAAGCACACCUUGAUUUACACCUCAGAAAACACGUGGCUGAGCGCUCCUCUGCACUUUAUCGUGGAAGAAACACUUUAUAAGGAAAACCGAUUUCACCAAAGACUUCAAAGUUCCAUCUGGCUUCCCCUGCUAGGAGAGAGAAGUAGGGGGUGAGUGAGUGACUUGUAUAGCGCAGCAAAUGCGAACUUAAUUGCCUCAAGGCGCU